AUGUGGCGAACAGUGCUGUUUCUGGGUCUUAUAUCAUAUGCAAUGGUUUCAAUUCAAACUGCUCCUGCAAAUCAGUAUACGCGGGGAACACAUACAAUCAGAGCAGACCCUGAACAUCAAAAGCAGCCUUAUAUAGAAGUACGAAAUGCGACCUACCACGGCAGUGGACCUCGGGAAGAAGCCCGUGCGAUGUGUUCUGUAAAGACUCAGGAGGUUAACGCGACCGCUAAUGCUACCAUUACGAGACGGCUACAUGGAGUUGUUACUUCAAGAGAAUUACACAAUUCGAUCCAAAGACUAGAACUAAUAAUCUUCGGUCAGAUGCAGCAGCUCUGGCAAAGUUUAGACGCACUCCGUGCGCAAAUGGCCGGACAAAGCAGAGUGUCUUACCCUGAUCGACGAAGCAUAAGUUUUAGAUAUAAACCUAAUUCUCUU